UCCCGCUGGACCGGACGAAAAAGAAUUAGACGGGGGCACAACAUCCGGACAACGUUGAUUUGCCUGAAGAACUGUUGUUAAUCAGUCCAUUCUACCCCGGAAUUAUACCCUAACACUCCAAUUCUAUUUCACCCUCGGCGGUGAUAACAGCAGGGGCGUCAAAGCUAGGUUCAAUGGAUUAUCCAUGGACCAGUGGUGGGCGGGAAACUGGUACCAUUGAUAGGAGCCAAAUCAGAAAGGGGAAGGAAUCCUUUAUCGAGGAUUGGGCAGAGGAUUUUCGGUUGCCUAUCAAUCACAGGCCAACAGAAAAUGUUGAUCUGGACAAUGUUGAACAGGCAUCUUUGGACACGCAGUUAACAUCGUCUAAUAUUGGAUUUAAGCUACUUCAAAAGAUGGGAUGGAAAGGAAAGGGUUUGGGGAAGAACGAGCAAGGAAUUAUUGAGCCAAUAAAAUCUGGUAUUAGAGAUCCCAGAUUGGGUGUGGGUAAACAAGAAGAAGAUGAUUUUUUCACUGCUGAAGAAAACGUCCAGCGAAAGAAACUUGAUAUCGAGCUGGAGGAGACAGAAGAAAAUAUGAGGAAGCGAGAGCAGAAGGCAGCAUAUAGCACAUAUGCAUGUCUUUUGAUGGGAUUGGUGUGUCUUAGGGAACCAUCAACUUUGGAAGAACGUGAGCAAAAAAUUCAAACUGAAGUCAAAGAAAUUCGGAAGGUGUUUUUUUGUGAUCUCUGCAACAAGCAAUACAAAUUGGCCAUGGAAUUUGAAGCUCACUUGAGCUCAUACGAUCACAAUCACAGAAAGCGUUUCAAAGAAAUGAAGGACAUGCAUGGAAGUAGUAGCCGUGAUGAUCGGCAAAAAAGAGAACAGCAGCGUCAAGAGAGAGAAAUGGCUAAGUUUGCCCAAAUGGCUGAUGCUCAAAAGCAGCAACAGCUUCAACAGCAACACGAAGAAUCUGGAUCUGCUCCAGUUUCCUCCGAAUCUAGAACUGCUACUGCACUUGCAGAUCAGGAUCAGCGGAAGACUUUGAAGUUUGGGUUUUCCUCCAAGGGAAGUGCUUCCAAGAACUCAUUCGGCGGCGCUGCAAAGAAGCAAAAAGUGGCCAUAUCUUCUAUAUUCAAUACCGAUGCGGAUGAAGAAUAAUGGAAAAUUUUCUUGCAGCUGUGAUUCGGCCUUGUAUCAUUAAUCGGCUUUUUCGUCUUUGACCAACAACACACGGCAUCAUUAUCCUAACACAAAAAAAGGCCAGGCAUUGUAUCAUGUAACAUUUUUUAAAUUUUAAACUCGUCACAUAUUUCAUUGAUGACUUGUUUCAAAUUUUUUUAUUCUUUAAUAUUUUUCAUAUAUGUCAAUACAAUUAAAAUUUUGAAAUAAUUCAUUGCUUUUUUUUUUU